AUGUUCGCCAAUUCCUUCGCAAGCGGUUUCCUGUCCAUCUUCUACAGUGUCGGAUCGAGUCCGCUGAGCCUCUGGGACAAAUCGGUGAAGAACGGACACAUCCGUCGCAUCAUCGACGAUGAGGUCAAGUCUUUGGUGCUCGAAGUCGCCGGAACGAACGUCGCAACCACUUACAUCACCUGUCCCAUAAAGCCGCGAGCCUCGCUCGGUAUUCGACUGCCGUUCCUCGUCAUGGUCGUCAAGAAUCUGAAGAAGUAUUUCACGUUCGAAAUACAGAUCCUCGAUGACAAGGAUAUGAGGAGGAGGUUCCGCGUCUCGAACUUUCAAUCGACGACGAAGGUUCGGCCCUUCUGCACAACAAUGCCCAUCGGCCUGAGCAGCGGAUGGAAUCAAAUACAAUUCAAUCUGGCCGAUUUCACGAGGCGAGCUUACGGUACGGUUUACGUCGAGACCGUUCGCGUGCAGAUCCACGCGAACGUCAGGAUCCGAAGGAUCUACUUCUCGGAUCGCCUCUACUCAGAAGAUGAGCUUCCAUCCGAGUACAAACUGUUCCUACCGAUAUCGGCGACGAGAGACAAGGUGACCAAAGCGAGGAGCAUCAUCAAAGGGCAGAAGCAAACGGAGACCGAGGAGAUGGAGAUCCAGGUGGCGGAACGCGAGAUACCAUCCGGAGCACCGCCGUCGCCAGUAACAACCGCACCGGAAGAAGCCUUCAAAUCUGCGGAAGCUCCGGAAGAUGUGGAGACUUCCGUGGCGGCUGCGGCUGGAGAUGUCGCUGAUCUUACGGAGGUCGAAAAGGGCGAGGGAGAAGUCGAUGCUACUAUACACGAAGAGGGUAUGGAUGAGGACAUGACGGAAGCUCAGGAGGGCGAAGAGCAUACAGUAGCGACGGUGGCUACCGCCGAUGAGGAAGCGACGGCGCCCUCCGAGCCUACGGAAGCUGCUCCUUCGGAACCACCAACCGAGACGACGGAAGAAGAAGCUGAAGCUGCGCCAGCUGAAAAUUAA